AGACUGUUUUGGUCAGUUGCAGUGUUUCACAGGGCAGAUCUCCAACUCUCUCCAGACCGUUUUUAAAAAGCGCCGCGUCUCGGUGAGACAGAACGAAGCGACGGAGGACGUGUUUUCCAGAGGACAGCAGCAGAUCAUGGCAGAGGAAGCCGUGGGUCUGGAGGAGGGGCUGUCUGCGGCCGACGGCCCUCUGGUGGCCGUCACCUUCCAGAGGAACGUCCACAGGAAGGAGAAGUACCUGGAGUCUGAGCCCAAGGCCCUGGGGAUCACACAGAUUGGCCUGAGUGUGUUUAUGAUCAUCAGUACGAGUGUGUUUCUGUCGAAUGGCCUGAGUCAUGUGGGAGGGGACAUCGCCUUCUUCAUUACUUCUCUCGUGGUGCUGGUUGCUGGGAGUGUGGCCGUCGCUGCUCAGAAGCUCCACCUGCCCACACUCAGGGCCUGUCUCGGGAUGCAGAUUUCAGCCUCCGUCGUCUCUGUGUUCAACAUCAUCUUCGUUGUGGUGAGAAUGGAAGACGUGCCGUACUACUGCUGGCAAUACGACUCCUACAACAACACGGCGGAGUUUGGGGAAAUCUGCCACCGAAUCGAGAACACACACUCGCACUUCUACGCCGGAGCCAUCCUGAUGGAGGCGGCCCUGCUGGCCAUCUCCGUCACGCUGGCCGCUUACUGCUGCAAGGUGGUCAACUGCUGCGGCUCCGGGCCCAAGAUGCCUGUGAUCACGGUACAAACUCCAGCGGUCCAACAAUGAUGACUGACCAGAAGAGGAGGGACGUCCAUCCGUCCAUCCGACCUAAUUUUCAAAUCCAGUAAAACCUCUGACGUAGGGAGACCUUAAAAUGGGAGGACAGGUGUCCCCUGAAGACAGGUGUCCUCUCUUCAGAGGGACAGGUCAUGAGGAUCAGCUGAUACUGAAUGAACCAAAAACCAAAUAUAGUACGGAAGGAAUAUAGUUAAAAGUACAUAACUGAACUAAUACAAUGAUGAUACGAAAACUAAAAUAAGUAAAUAAUAAAAGCAAAAGAAAAAACUUGAAAUUUAAAGACAUAAGUACUAACACCUGAAGACUAAACAGUAUUAAACAGCGGUAAAUCUGGACAAGAAAGACAUUAAAAUAGAUAUCUAUAGACAAUAUUGUACAACUGUGAGAUAAAGAUAAACCUGUAAACGGGGCCUACAAAGGACCACAGCAGAGCGGCUCUGGUCGUCCUGCUGUCUUGUAGCAGGACUUCAGUCUUGAAGAAUUGGUAGAUCUGGUCGACGUGCAGAACCGGAGAAGAAAGCAAGUGUUUUUGCCAAUAAAGGAAGUGAACAACACUGUAACUGGAUUUGACACGUGGAAAGAAAAUUUUAAAAUCCAAGGGCUCCCUGAGGGCACUUGGCGGCCAGGCGGAGAAAUACAAGAUGGCCGACAUCAGAAAGGCGAACCUUGAAACUUGGAGUAUUUUGACCAUUAUAGUUUCCUCUCAGGUUGAAAUUUGCUGGGAAAAUCGGUCCGUUUUCAGCGUCGCUAACAGUUAAAACUCUGUCCGAGCGCGCCACUUCCAAACAGGUAAUCCAUAGAUCAUUUUAUUCAUCAGUCAAAAUGAAGUGGAAAAAUAACAGGCCUCAUUACAGCAUGAUUAAAGUCAAACUCCUGGCAUUUAUAGAAAGCAAUAUUUACAUAUUUGUAAGUGAUGAAGAGAUAACAGUGCGUGUUUCAGUAUUUAGAAAGUGCAGUAAACCUACAUGUGUGUAUAAAUACCUGUGAAUUUAACUUUCUAACACAAUUAAAGCCUCAUUUUGCAGCCUGUGUGUCUCUAACAGCGUUGGGUUCUGUUCUGCUGGUGCUUUACUGUCUACAAAUACAAAUUAAAGAAGAAAUAAAUGU